CUCCAUACUUAUAUAGUUGAAGGUUACCAAUGCGCUAUUAAAUUUUCUUCUGCUCCUUGUUGCGAGAAAAUAAUUAAUUUUGAAAAAAAUCGAAUAUCAAUUAGUCAAUGAAAUAUUGACCAUUCUUACGAAGAUUUAUCUCUUUAUGAUUUGGAUUGAAGCAAUUUUGGACACGGGAAGACAUUCAAAUAAUUAUAAGUUUACUUGAGGGAUACAUCAAUGAGUAAAGAUAAAAAGUUGAUCCUGCAUGCUGUGCACUGUGUAUGGACGUACUGCCUGUCUAAACUGCACUGUAUUUUUUUAUUAUUUUUGCCAAAUUGAUCACAUUAAUAGUAAAGAUAUAAAAAAACAUGGCUGCCUACAUCAAUCGUACAAUGGUACAAUCGUCCAUGAUUGGAGGAGACAGCCAACUUCGAUCAGCAGAUGUUAGAACUGACAAUUCUCCUCUACAGAUUUUUGUGAAAGCAAAGAAGAGGAUAAAUGAUAUAUUUGUGGAUAUAGGAAAAUAUGUAGGAGAAACUGUUGACUUUAUGACAUCUUUGCAAAAUGAUCGCAAUAUUGUAACAGAAGAAGAAGCAGUGAAAGUUAAAGGUUACACUGACAAAGUAUCUGCAAUAACAGAUGUUCUUAAAAGAGAUCAUAUGAAAGUAGCUUUUUUUGGCAGAACAAGUAAUGGGAAAAGUACUGUAAUUAAUGCCAUGCUACGUGAUAAAAUUUUACCAAGUGGUAUAGGACACACUACAAAUUGUUUCCUACAAGUCGAAGGUUCAGAUAAUGGGGAAUCAUAUCUUAUUACCGAAGGGUCUACGAUAAAGAAACCAGUGGAAUCUGUUGGACAAUUAGGUCAUGCUCUUUGCAAAGAGAAAUUAUGCGAAAGCCAUUUAGUAAGAAUAUUCUGGCCAAAAGAGAAAUGUUUAUUAUUGCGAGAUGAUGUAGUAUUCGUCGAUAGUCCGGGAGUGGAUGUAACUCCAAAUCUUGAUGAAUGGAUAGAUAAACAUUGCUUGGAUGCAGAUGUUUUUGUUUUAGUAGCAAAUGCUGAAUCUACAUUAAUGGUUACAGAAAAAAAUUUCUUUCAUAAAGUUUCAACAAGAUUAUCAAAACCGAAUAUAUUUAUUUUAAAUAAUCGAUGGGAUGCUUCCGUUUCUGAACCAGAAUUUCAUGAUCAGGUAAGAGCACAACAUCAAGAACGUGCUAUCGAUUUUUUAUCGAGGGAGUUAAAAGUUUACAGCCUGAAGGAUGCGGAGGAACGUGUCUUUUUUAUUUCUGCAAAAGAAACACUUCAAGCUCGUAUGCAAGAACAACGUGGACAACCUGCUCAUAAUGGUGCGUUAGCGGAAGGUUUUCAAACUCGAUAUUUUGAAUUUCAAGAUUUUGAAAGAAAAUUUGAAGAAUGUAUUUCAAAAUCUGCAGUAAAGACUAAAUUUGAGCAACACUCUCAACGUGGUAAACAUAUUGCAACUGAAAUACGUCAAACGUUAGAUGAAAUGUUGCAGCGAAUACAAAAAAUGCAAAGUGAACAGUUAAAUGUUAAAAAAGAAGUUCAUGAUAAAUUGAAUUUCACAGAACAACAAUUAAUGCUAUUAACUCAAGAAAUGAAAGAUAAAAUUCAUCAUAUAGUAGAAGAUGUGGAGCAAAGAGUUUCUAAAGCUUUAAAUGAUGAAAUUCGACGAUUACCCGUUUUAGUAGACGAAUUUAAUGUUCCAUUUCAUCCUGAUUUGCUCGUUUUGAACGUGUAUAAGCGAGAACUUCAUACACACGUAGAAAAUGGCUUAGGAUCAAAUUUACGUGCUAGACUUAGUACCGCUUUAGCAUUGAAUAUGGAAAAAUCACAGCAAGAAAUGACUGAAAGAAUGGCAAGCUUAUUACCUGAAAAUAAAAGACAAAUGUCUCUUAAUAUUUUACCACGACGAGAGCCAUUCCAAAUAAUGUAUCGAUUAAACUGUGACAACUUAUGCGCAGACUUUCACGAAGACCUAGAAUUUCGUUUUUCUUGGGGUUUUACAGCAAUAAUUAAUAGAUUUGCAGGAAAACAGCGCCAUAGAUUAGCUAUUACUAAUUAUCCGCAAGAUAUUCCGCCAUGUAUUGCAUCACCUGCGGAUAGUACAGACUCUCUAAAAUUUAUUUCAAAUACGCCAAAUUUUCCAUCAAGAUCUGACGAUUGGUCUCUAGCUACUCGUAUAGCUGUUGCAUCUGUGACAUCCCAGGGUACAAUGGGUGGUCUUAUUAUUGCUGGUUUUAUGUUAAAAACGGUAGGUUGGAGGUUAAUUGCAGUAACUGGUGCUAUAUAUGGUGCUUUAUAUCUCUAUGAACGUCUGACGUGGACUAACAAUGCGAAGGAACGUGAAUUUAAGCGACAAUACGUAGCGCAUGCAACGAACAAGCUGCGAUUAAUUGUAGAUCUUACUUCUGCAAAUAGUAGUCACCAAGUACAACAAGAGCUCUCCAGCACAUUUGCGCGUCUUUGUCAUUUAGUGGAUGAAGCAACAUCCGAAAUGGACACCGAACUUAAAACUAUAGCAAAUACUUUAGGAAUAUUAGAAAAAGCAGCAGGUAAAGCAAAAAAUCUACGAAAUAAAGCCAAUUUUUUAAUAAAUGAACUUGACACAUUCGACACAGCUUAUCUGAAACCUUUAAAUUAAGUAAAUGAUGUAUUUUGUAGAGAUCUGUAAAUUUAUUAAAAUAGCAUCUUUGGAAAGAUAUAUAUUGUAAUUUCAAUAUUAUUCUACUUUUAUUAUGGAAAUAGUUAUUAAUGCCUCAUGUGAUGAUUAAUCAAUACACAUAUGUAUAGAUAUAAAUUUUGAUUUUUAUCGUAUGUUUAAAAUCGAAUAAAGCCCAAUUGAGUUA